AUGAACCAGCUGGACGCACCACGGCCACUCAACUGGACCAUCAGAAAACUGUGCCAUGCAGCCUUCCUGCCAUCUGUACGCCUGCUAAAGGCACAGAAAUCGUGGAUAGAAAGAGCAUUCAGCAAGCGGGAAUGUGUUCAUAUAAUAGUGAGCGCCAAAGACCCCCAUAGGUGCUGUUGCGGUCGUCUGAUAGGCCAGCAUGUGGGCUUGCCACCGGGUAUCUCGUCCAGUCAGAAUGAUAAGGCCGAGCGGUUGGCCAAGAAUGACAGCCUGUCAGAGAAGUGGUCAAUCAGCAAACACACGCAGCUCAGCCCCACUGAUGCCUUCGGCACCAUUGAAUUCCAGGGAGGAGGACACUCCAACAAAGCCAUGUACGUGCGAGUGUCGUACGACACCAAGCCUGACCUGCUGCUCCACCUGAUGACCAAGGAAUGGCAGCUGGACCUGCCCAAGCUGCUCAUCUCAGUCCACGGAGGCCUGCAGAACUUUGAAUUACAGCCCAAACUCAAGCAGGUGUUUGGCAAAGGGCUCAUCAAGGCUGCCAUGACAACAGGAGCCUGGAUUUUCACUGGAGGAGUUAACACAGGGGUGAUUCGCCACGUGGGUGAUGCGCUGAAAGACCACGCCUCCAAGUCAAGGGGGAAGAUCUGCACCAUUGGUAUUGCUCCAUGGGGCAUUGUAGAAAAUCAAGAGGAUCUUGUUGGCAAAGACGUGGUGCGUCCAUACCAGACCAUGUCCAACCCUCUGAGCAAGCUGACGGUUCUAAACAGUCUCCACUCCCACUUCAUCCUGGCAGACAAUGGCACCACGGGAAAGUAUGGCGCCGAGGUCAAACUGCGACGCCAGCUUGAGAAACACAUCUCCCUGCAGAAGAUCAACACACGUAUUGGUCAGGGUGUGCCGGUGGUGGCUCUUAUUGUAGAGGGAGGCCCUAAUGUGAUCUCCAUAGUGCUGGAGUACCUCAGGGACACUCCUCCGGUCCCUGUGGUGGUGUGUGACGGCAGCGGCAGAGCCUCAGACAUCUUGGCCUUUGGACACAAAUACUCCGAGGAGGGAGGCAUAAUUAAUGAGUCUCUAAGAGACCAGUUGCUGGUGACCAUCCAGAAGACGUUUACCUACAGCCGCACACAGGCCCAGCAUCUGUUCAUCAUCCUCAUGGAGUGCAUGAAGAAGAAGGAACUUAUAACAGUUUUCCGGAUGGGGUCGGAGGGUCAUCAGGACAUUGACCUUGCCAUCCUCACUGCAUUACUUAAAGGUGCCAAUGCUUCAGCCCCGGACCAGCUGAGUUUGGCUCUAGCGUGGAACAGAGUGGACAUCGCACGCAGUCAGAUCUUCAUCUACGGACAGCAGUGGCCUGUCGGUUCCCUGGAGCAGGCGAUGCUGGAUGCCUUAGUUCUGGACAGAGUGGACUUUGUCAAGCUGCUGAUUGAAAAUGGAGUCAGCAUGCACCGUUUCCUCACGCUUUCCAGACUGGAGGAGCUCUACAACACGCGACACGGACCAUCGAACACGCUGUACCACCUCGUCAGAGAUGUCAAAAAGGGAAACCUGCCGCCGGACUACCGCAUCAGCCUCAUCGACAUUGGACUGGUCAUCGAAUACCUCAUGGGCGGGGCGUAUCGGUGUAACUACACCAGGAAGAGGUUCAGAACUCUGUACCACAACCUCUUCGGACCUAAGAGGCCCAAGGCCCUGAAACUGCUGGGGAUGGAGGACGACAUACCGAUUCGCAGAGGCCGCCAGAAGACGACACGCAAACGAGAAGAAGAGGUGGACAUUGAUUUGGAUGACCCAGAAAUCAACCACUUCCCUUUCCCCUUCCACGAGCUGAUGGUGUGGGCUGUGCUCAUGAAACGUCAGAAAAUGGCCCUUUUCUUCUGGCAGCACGGUGAAGAGGCGAUGGCCAAGGCCUUGGUGGCGUGCAAGCUUUGUAAGGCCAUGGCACACGAAGCGUCUGAGAACGACAUGGUGGAUGACAUCUCCCAAGAACUAAACCACAACUCCAGAGAGUUUGGUCAGCUGGCAGUGGAGCUCCUGGACCAGUCCUAUAAACAGGACGAGCAGAUGGCCAUGAAGCUGCUGACAUACGAGCUGAAGAACUGGAGCAACGCCACCUGCCUGCAGCUGGCGGUAGCGGCCAAACACCGAGACUUCAUUGCUCACACCUGCAGUCAGAUGCUGCUGACCGACAUGUGGAUGGGACGCCUGCGCAUGCGCAAGAACUCAGGCCUGAAGGUGAUCUUAGGGCUGCUUCUGCCACCGUCCAUCCUGAGCCUGGAAUUCAAGAACAAGGAUGAGAUGUCCUACAUGCCCCAGGAUCAGGAGGCCUAUCUGCAGGAGAAGGAGGAGGAGGAGCCUGAGAAACCAGUCAAGGAGAAGGAGGAGGAAGACAUGGAGUUCACAGCGAUGCUGGGUAAGGUAACCACAGAGACAUCCAGAAAGAAGGAUGUCGAGGAGGUUCAGAAGCGCCACCGCCUUAUCCCCAUGGGACGCAAGAUAUACGAGUUCUACAACGCUCCAAUUGUCAAGUUCUGGUUCCAUACGAUGGCAUACGUUGGUUACCUGAUGCUGUUUAACUACAUCGUCCUGGUCAAGAUGGACCUGUGGCCUUCUCCUCAAGAGUGGAUUGUCAUCGCUUACAUUUUCACCAAUGGCAUUGAGAAGAUGAGAGAGAUCUUGAUGUCAGAACCAGGGAAGCUGUUACAGAAGGUGAAGGUGUGGCUUCAGGAGUACUGGAACAUCACAGACCUCAUGGCCAUCCUCAUAUUCUCUGUCGGCAUGGUUCUGCGUCUCCAGGAGCCGCCGCUCAUGAGCUACGGGCGGGUCAUCUAUUGUGUCAACAUCAUCUAUUGGUACAUCCGGCUGCUCGACAUCUUUGGAGUCAACAAGUACCUGGGUCCCUAUGUGAUGAUGAUUGGCAAGAUGAUGAUCGACAUGAUGUAUUUUGUGAUCAUCAUGUUGGUGGUGCUGAUGAGUUUUGGGGUGGCACGUCAGGCCAUUCUCAACGAUAAUGAAGACCCAUCCUGGAUGCUAGCUAGGAACAUCUUCUUCAUGCCUUACUGGAUGAUCUACGGAGAGGUGUUUGCCGACCAGAUCGACCCUCCCUGCGGGCAGAACAUCACGUUAGAGGACGGGGUAGUGGUGGCCCAGCCUCCCUGCAAGACGGGUGCUUGGAUUGUCCCAGCGAUCAUGGCUUGCUAUUUGUUGGUGGCCAACAUACUGCUGGUCAACCUCCUCAUAGCUGUGUUCAAUAAUACAUUCUUCGAGGUGAAGUCCAUCUCCAACCAGGUAUGGAAGUUCCAGCGCUACCAGCUCAUUAUGACCUUCCAUGAACGCCCAGUCCUUCCUCCACCCCUCAUCAUCUUCAGUCACAUAACUAUGGUCCUCAAGCAUCUGUGUUGUCGCUGGCGCAAGCAUGAUGAUGACGAGAGGGACUAUGGCCUGAAGCUUUUCAUCACAGAGGACGAGCUGAAGAAAGUCCACGAUUUCGAGGAGCAAUGUAUUGAAGAGUACUUCAGAGAGAAGGAUGACAGAUUCCACUCCUCUAAUGAUGAGAGAAUCAGAGUCACUUCAGAAAGGGUGGAGAACAUGGCAAUGCGUUUGGAGGAAGUCAAUGAGAGGGAACACUUCAUGAAGGCAUCACUGCAGACUGUUGAUAUUCGGCUGGCCCAGAUGGAGGAGCUGAUUGGAAGAAUUGCUGUUGCGCUGGAGCGUGUGACGGGUGUUGAGCGCGGGGAGGUCAACAAAGUACGUUCUCGGACUUCUUCUGACUGCACUGACUCUGCAUACAUUAUCCGCCAGGCUGAGUGCCCAGAAGCAGCAUACAUCCUCCGUCAAAGCAGCUUUAAUAGCACAGAAGGGAACGCCUACCGCCUACAGGAGGCACUGGAGGGACCAGCUGAGGGCUCCAUGUCCCCGCCUUCUCCCACUGGCAUGGCUACACGGACAAGGAGCCACUCAUUUUAUGUUGGUGGUGGUCGAGGUGGUGAACGUGCAAGUGGGGCUGAACGAGCUGAAAGCUUCUUUAAAGAGCGCUCACUGAGUCUCCACCGAGCCAACAGCUCACAAUCUGUAUCCUCAGCUGCUGCCCCCAAGGAGUCUAAGCCCCUCCCACUUGCGACGCUGUCGGUCUCCCAGCAGCACCGUCCAUCAUCAUGCAUUGAUAUCUAUGUCUCAACAUCUGAGGAGGUGGGGCCUGCCGAGGUCUUUCUGGAUCCUCUUCGUGUGGUCCCACCGCUCCAGAGAGACGCCUCGCUGCAAUCAGAUACCAUGGAGACGGUGCUGCCUGGAGGCCGGGAUUUCAGCAGCACCGCAACCAGUGGUUUGGGCGACAGGCACUCGGAGGGCGGUGCAGGCAGCAGUGGAACAGCUGGAGCUAUGUUUGAUGACAGUGCAGCUGCUGAUUUGUCAUUGUGCUCAGCACACCUCUUACCAGACACCACCUUACCUCCUUGGGAUAUGGAACCAUCCCCACCUCCCUCAGCAGGGCUGCUCGAGCGCUCUAAGAGCAGCCGCUACCUCUCUACAGCAGGCACAGGAUUUCUGGACGAGCCUCCUCUGGUCAAGUCCCACAGCCUCAUGUUCACACCAAGAGGCUGCUAUGGUGGACUGGGGGCAGGAGUCCAGGUAAAGGCUGCAGAGUACACCAGCAUCACUGACUGCAUCGAUACACGCUGUGUCUCAUCUCCAUACACCCCUGUAGAACGCUCAAACUCACCUGGAGGUUCCACCUCAUUCCCCUUUGAUAAGCCGUCAGACAUUGGUUCCUCUCACCCGGAGAGAGAGGCAGAGCUUAGUCAUACAGAGUCUGAUCCAGAGGACCCUGAGGACCUGAUGCCAGCCCCAGAUACCCCUCGCCUAGGGGGCCUUGGCGGGCCCAGUGGGGCCCCUCUCUGCUCCCCCUUCUCCAGGCUGGAGCGAGCAAACAGCUGCUCUUCAGACGACUCCCAUCCUUCCCUCACGCUGGCCCCUCCACACCGGAAGAGCCUGUCGGUGAGUGAGAGGAUGGAGAGGGGACCGGGUCUGGGGGCAGACAGGGGGCCUGGGCCUGGAGGGCGGGGUCUGGCAGGACCCAGAAACCCCUUCCUCAGGAGCAAGUCUGGAGCAAGGCCUGAGACGGCCAAGACUGACAACCUCUCCAUGAGAAAGCUGGCGGCUCCGUCAGCUUUCCGCAGCUUUGAUAGACAAAACUACACGUGA